UGAGCCUGGCCUGACCUGCUCUUCUGCUGGGAGAAAGAAUAGCAUUGUUAGCCCCUCCAGAGGGACCCAGGCAUCUGCAAAUUUGAACAAGAAAAGUGUGAAAAGCUGGCUGCUGCCCCCCUGGUUGAGCUGUUGAUUUCAGGGACUGAAUUGAAAGCAAACAUCAAUAAGGUCCAUGUUCAAAGUCUUCCUGGCUCAGUCAAACUGCUCAGAGAUUGUACUAAGAUGGCACGCCCUUCAAGAGUUCAGGAUUACCUCCUGCUCUCACCGAGGCAUCACACUGAGUGCCGACAGAACAAAUGCCAGCUAUCUCCCUCUACAAAUCAAAAACCACAGGCCGCCUAGAAUAGGAAUGGAGACACAUUCAAUCCAAACUUGUGAAUGCAAGGGAUUGAAACAGGAAAUGAUGCUGGCAAAAAAAGGAGGAACACAGGAUCUAAAAAGUGAACUAAAGGAGGUAAGGGAAGAGCUCAAAGGAAAAAUGGAAGAAAUACAGCAGAUAAAAGAUAUAAUGGACAAGGAUUUUGAUAAACUCCAGGAGCUCGUAGACAUUAUGAAGGACAUGCAGAAGGAUAUGGAUGAGAGGAUGGAAGUCUUAAUAAAGCUACAGACAAACAAAAAACUGAAGAAAAACCACCAACACAGAAAGGGGAAAGCCUCAUCUGAUACUUAUCUGAGGACCUAUUAUGAGAAAUGUUUGUCAUGUUCCCAGAGAAACUGCAAUAAUAUCAGAGUUCCCAUGAACUAAAGAAUGUAUUCCAACAACAGCAACAACAAAAACUUCAGGUGAAAAUGAAUUUUACAAUGACAGCUCAUUGAAACUGGAAAUACAGAAGUUCAGUAAUGCCACCUGUCCACAGCAAAGCUCAAAACAGGACAAUGAUAAGAGGGGCCUCUGAG